AUGGAUGUUCAAGGGAAUGCCCAGCCCGAACGCGUGCGGAAGCGUCGCCGCCGCACAAUGGCGUGCACGCAGUGUCGCACGCGCAAGUUGCGAUGCGAUCGCGAGUAUCCCACUUGCAGUCGCUGUUUAAAAAGCAGAACACCGAACAAAUGCACAUAUGAAGAUGGCUUUUUAUGGCAGCAGCCCACCACCGUCCCGACUAAUGCAUUUGCCUCCGACCGAGGGUCUGCGGUACCUAUGCCUAGAGAUACACCAGUCGACACACCUCGGGAUUCGGGGAUACCGAUGGUGUCAACCCGGCCGGAACCUUUCCCAAUUAGUGAACCGUUCCCAACCAGUGAACUACCUCAUCUAGCGAGGGCUGGCGGUCCAAUGCAUCACGAGUACCAUGGUCUUACCGGGCAUGCCCUUGCGCCGCCCUAUCGAAGUCGACCACACGACAGAGAGCGAAAGGACUGCUUUUUGGAAACUGUUCUCGGUGCGCCUAAGGCUGCUGUUAAUCAGGAACCUUACCUGAAUACGGGUCUUUUACAGCGUCCCAAGCGCCCAGCGCCGGCAGCGGAGCACGAUAUGCAAACACCGUCGCAGGGCGACGAUCCGCACAUUGACGAAGAAGAGGACCCAUUGUCGCCUACGGACCAGCUCGACCUCUCUCCUCGAAUGAUGAUGAGAGGGCGUGAGACCAAAACGCGGUUUAGCGGAUCGGGCAUCUUUGCCAGUCUAGUAGCACAGUUUCCGGAUAUAAAGCUAUUUGCAGAUGAGGUCAGGCUUUCUACCCCAAUCUUCACGCAACUUCAGUCAGACCUAAGAAGGGUUAAACGCGGGCUAUUGAAACAUAUGGUGCUCAACAGGCCCUUCCCCGACCCUACGACGGCUUCGCUAAUUAACAUGCUGCCCUCGCGUGGUGUCGUCGAUGAGCUUGUCGGGUUGUACAUCACUUAUAUCGAGUCUACUCACCGCAUUCUUCAUGUUCCAUCCUUCCUACGAGAGCUUGACCAAUUUUGGGCCAUGUUAGACAGCCCGACAUCAAUAUCUGCUGCCUUUACUGUUCAGGUACUGUUGGUCCUUGCCUGUGCCUGGAACCUUGCAGAUUUUGCUAGUCUGCAAUCAAAAAGUGCGGGCGAACUCAAGUGCCAGUGUGCAGUGGAGUGGACGUUGCACGCAGGACAGUGGAUAGAGAAUCUUCACACAAAGCGUCCAGAGAUCACAUCAAUGCGACUUUCGAUUCUGUUAAUUUUGGCGCGCAACGCCCACGGAAUGAAACGCAGCCAGGCUUGGCUCACAACGGGUACAUUGGUCAAGCAAGCAAUGAUGGCGGGAUACCAUCGCGAUCCAAGCCGGUACACACGUAUCUCUGCAUUCAACAAAGAGAUGCGACGGCGAAUAUGGACAACCAUUGUGGAACUGGACCUGCAAAUUGCUCUUGACCGGGGAAUGCCACCGUCAGUACAAAGCUUUGACUACGAUGCGGCUCCGGGGCUGAACAUUUACGACGACGAGAUCCAUGAGGACAGUACUGAAGUUCCCGGAAGCCGGCCAUUGAAUGAAAUUACCGACUCAUCGUUCCAGUCUGUUCUGAGUCGCUCACUACCUGUCCGCCUCCAGGCAUGUUCCCUCAUGCACUCCCCACGCAUUAACUGUCGAUAUGAGAAUAUUCAGCGCCUGGACGGUGAGCUCAACUGGCAUCUUUCUCGGAUUCCUGCGUGGGUUGCAGCAGACCCCAGCGACAUCAUUACACAAAACAAGAUCAUACUGUGGAAAGGCUUGAUUGAGACCAAACUUUGCCAGUCUCUACUGUCUGUCCACACCCCUUUCGCCAUUGAAGCACUACAAGAAACACUCUUUGCUCCCUCCGCGCGUACUCGCAUGGAUGCCGCAACCAGAAUACUGUCAACCCAGCGCCGGCUACAUGACAUUUCGCGCACGCUGUCGCUAUGUAUGCUUGGUGAAUGGACUAUCCAAGCCUACAUUUCCAUCUGCCAAGUGCUACACACAACCGAAUUCGAUGCCUCCCAACCCUCCUCCAUCUCCUCUGCCUUUAUUAUCCACAAUAUACCCGGUAUCCCGGAAUCGCUCCUAUCACUCGUUGAAACAGCCCUGAUUGCCUUGGAGGAGCGCUCCCUUUUGGUGACCAAGGGAGCCAAAGACUAUUAUUUUCUCUCAACGAUCGUCGGACUAGUCAAAGCCCGACUUUGGCCCGCACAGGCAACUAUGUACAAGCAGCAGGUUGUCGAGCGGGUCCUGUCAUUUGCGCAGAUUCUCUUCUCUCGACAUAUGAACUGCGACCACCUUGGCGAUAAGGGGAUGGGCAAUUUCAAGGACAACCAGGUGGCUGCAUUUAUGGCGGCUCCAACAAUGGUGCCCGUGAUGCAGGCUGAAUUUGAUCCCAGUGGGAUGCACCCGCCGCUGCAAUCUGGCGGAAUGCCAUCUGGCGAUUUCGAUCCUUUCUUGGACAUCUUCGAUUGGGAGGAUCUGACAAGCAUGACAUUUCCCUGUUGA